CGCAUCAAGCGCUCCGUUCUUUAACCACGUACCUAUCUUGAUUUAAACGAAAUACCUAAAUUAUACGAUUUUAAUUAUUGUUUUUAUUAAAUAUUUAUACAUUUAAAAUCAAGGUGAUUUUGUAAAAGAGAAAAAGUAAUACGAAAACGAUGAUUAUUUUGCUGAUAUGGACCGCAGUGUUCAUAGCAGUGGUAGCGCUAUACUUCCGCCAGGUCUACUCCAGAUUCAGCAAAUAUGGGGUGAAACAUAUGAAAGUGGUACCAUUCUUCGGUAAUAUGCACCGGAUUAUUUUGCGCAUGGAUAACUUUAGUGAAGAUCUUGAUAGAAUCUACAAUACGUUCAGUGAAGAAAGAUUUGUCGGAAGAUACGAAUUUAUGAAACCCAUUGUGUUGAUACGAGAUCUUGAACUUGUGAAAAAGGUAACCGUCAAAGAUUUUGAACAUUUCCUAGACCAUCGAGGAUUUACUGAUGAAACAGUCGAACCAUUGUUCGCGAGAAAUUUAUUUUCUCUGAAAGGUCAGGAAUGGAAAGACAUGCGUUCGACUUUGAGUCCAGCUUUUACAAGUUCGAAGAUUAAGCUGAUGGUGCCGUUUAUGGAAGAAGUGGGCAAACAGAUGAUACGAGCUUUGGAGAAGAAGAUAAAAGACUCUGACACUGGUGCUAUCGAAGUAGAUUGCAAAGACUUAACAACACGUUAUUCUAACGAUGUGAUCGCCUCUUGUGCAUUUGGCCUAAAAGUUGACUCCUAUACCGAAGAGGAAAAUAAAUUCUAUGAAAUGGGAAAGAAAGCCUCCACUUUUAAGUUUAAACAAAUGCUGUUAUUCUUUGCUCUCUCUACAUUUCCUGCUCUUGUCAAGAGAUUGAAAUUAACAUUAUUUUCAAACCAAACGAAAGACUUCUUUGUGGAAUUAGUGAUGAGUACGAUGAAGGACAGGGAAGCGCGUCACAUCAUCAGACCCGAUAUGAUACAUUUGCUAAUGGAAGCUAAGAAAGGACAAUUGGUACACGAUGAUAAGAAUGUGAAUGAAGAUCAAGACACCGGUUUUUCAACUGUCGAAGAAUCGUCUAUUGGAAAGAAAAGUACUGAUAGAGUUUGGUCAGAUAUUGACCUUAUCGCCCAAGCGGUAUUAUUCUUCAUCGCUGGCUUCGACACGAUUUCAACUGCAAUGUCCUUUGCACUACAUGAACUGGCUCUUCACCCUGAGGUUCAGGAACGCCUCGUGGAAGAGAUCAGGGAGCAGGAUGCCAAAAAUGGUGGAAAAUUGAACUUGACUUCGAUUCAAAACAUGAAUUACUUAGACAUGGUGACGUCAGAAGUGCUACGCUUAUGGCCACCUGCUUUAGCAUUAGACAGGAUUUGCGUAAAGGACUACAAUUUGGGAAAACCCAAUAGCAAAGCCACAGAAGACUACAUUAUAAGGAAAGGUGAACUUUUAUCGGUACCGGCGUGGGCUUUUCACCGCGAUCCAGAAUUAUUUCCUGAUCCCACGAAGUUUGAUCCUGAACGUUUCUCUGACGAAAACAAACACAGAAUCAACUCCAUGGCAUACAUGCCUUUCGGUCUUGGUCCUAGAAACUGUAUCGGAUCUAGAUUCGCCUUGUGCGAGCUGAAAGUUCUGCUGUACCAGAUUCUCCUGCACUUAGAAAUAUCUCCAUCAAAGAAAACUUGUAUACCCUCAAAACUUUCGACUGAGUCAUUCAAUCCCCGCCUCGAGGGCGGCCACUGGUUGCAGUUUAAGUUACGCAAUUGAAAAAUUACCUUUGAUAUGUAAAUUUUAAGAUAUAAUUACUAAAAAAUACGUAAUCACAAUAUAAGAAAUCGUAAUCACAA